AUCUUAGCCAGCAUCUCCUGAGUUAAAGGAGCUACCUGGUCUGGAAUGGCCACUGCAUACUUGCUGAUGUACUUGCUGCACUCUCAGAGAUCUUAGCCUUGAGACGAAAGAGAGUUGUAACAAUUCAAUAAAUAAGUUCAUUUUGCCAUGAAAAAAAAAAAUCUACUGCUGAAUGGAUGAAUACAUUGCACUUCUAAAAUAAUUUAAUAUGAAAAAUAUAAGUGCUAAUUGUUUACUGCUCACUUGAUUUCAUGUCCCAUUUCAGACUUCUUGAUCUUCUGCAGAAUGUCUUCAGUCAUUUGAGUUCCCUUGGCUACCUAAUCCCAGAGUGUAUCUUUCACCACUUCCAUACUCAGUUUGGACUGGUCCUGCCAGAUCACAUUUGCUUGGCAGCCUUUAAAAGAUUUUUUUUAAUCAGUAAAUAUUGAUUGAAUUUGUUAGUGAUUUUUUUCCUCAACCUGAAUAAAGCUUAAAAAAAACUUACCAAUAAAAACAAGAGCAAAAACUAUAAAGCUCUUCAUGUCUAUAUCUCAGGAUUUAUGUAAACCAGAAGAAAGAACAUUUAACGUCUAUGUAACAUUUAUAUAUAGGCUAGAUGCUCUGUUUCUCUGAAUGUGUAAAUAAGAUCUUAUUUAAAAAAUAUUGUAAUUAGCUUCUUACCUCUUAGGUGUCUCUUCCUUCUGUGUGUGUCUCUGUGUGAGUUGAGCAGGUAUCAGUAAUCUAUAAGUAAGACAGCUGUGAUGAAGAAGGCAAAGUCCAAAACUCAGCUACAUGCUAUCUCCACUUAGCUGUCAGUCGUGCCACAUACACACUCCAACCUGACUGAAAUGAACAUAGCUCAAGUCCAUGAGUCAUCAGCUAGUUUCAAAUAUAAUGUGUUGCAACAACAAAUGUGACUGCACUUUCAAAAUUCACUCAGAACACAUAAUGAUAAAAUAUCAUGUUUUUUUUUUUAGUCAGUUAUCAGUACACUCACACCAUGUCCACAUACUUAUCCACAGAAGUUUUAUUUAUUAACUUUAGAUAUACACUGAAUGCCGGACAUUUACAUGCAUGAACAAGAAAAAAAAAAUCCUUGGCAGGUAAAAAGUAUAAAAGCUUAGCAUGUCAAAACUUGUGUAUAGAAGUAUGAAAUGUGGUGUAUACCUGUAGAUGGUAUGUUCACGUAGACUAUAUUAACUUCAAUAUGAUCUUCAAUAUCAAGAGGAGCAAAUUUUGUUUUCCAUACCCACUUACCAUAUAUUUCACAAUGUCAUCUUAAAAUAAAAAAACUUUAUUAACUUUAUUAUAAUCCUCAUUUAUUUAAAAUAAAACAUAUUUUCUGUACUGGUAGAUAUUGAAUAUUAGAGAAAACAUAACACAACACACCACAUCAUAUCAUAGCCACGUGAUAAUCAUUGUUAUCAUUGUUAUUAUGAUCUUUGAAAUAAGUCAUUGGACCAAUGAUGUCAUUGUUGACAGAUUUGUAGUGGUUUAGUCCAAUAAUAAAUAACAGGAAAAAAGUUCAUAAUAGUGCAACAUUUAUUUGAGUUGGGGUCCUGGAAUGAAUAUUCAUUUUCACUGAAUAACUAGAAAAAUGUAAAUGUAUUGCAUGAAAAUACUUCAGUCUAAUACUAUCAGUAGCAGAACUGAGACAAGAUUUACCGAGUCAGAUAACUAAUAAAGAUUACAAAAAUCUUUAGGUAAAGAACUAAGGUUAGUCUUUAUGUCUACAUGUUAAUUGUUGGCCUAUCAGUAAUGAUGCUGUUUCAGUCCACAGAAUGCUUACGCCAUGGGAAUGUGGAAUGGAUGAUAAAACCUGAUUUUGCUGCAUGGUAUGCGACCUGGUUGUCUUGAUUAAUUUAGGCUGAAACUAACUAGGGCUUUCAUAUAGACAGUACUGAUUGUACUGUGUGAGUAAAACCUUAUUGUACAGUAUAUUCUGUAUAGUGUUUUAUUUAUGUUUAGAAUACAUCAGUGUACCCUGGUUCUGUUUACACUUAAUGCAAGUGUCUGGAAUAAUGAUGUUAAAAUUAUUGGAAUGUAAUCUGCUUUAGAGUGGUGAAAGUAACUCUGCUUCAUGUCAUACAUAGCUCAUUAUUACAAGAUAAUCGGUUUCUUAAACUUGUAAUCAUUCAUGUAUUAUAUUCUGACUGCUUUGUGAUGUGCAUUUAACACUCAAGGCUCUCUUGGUUCUUCCUACAACAAGAACAAGAACUUGUGUGUUGUCACUUGAUGGAAUCUGGUCUAAAAUACAGGCUGUUCAAAAACCUUUAGAAGUUUUAUUGCAUAUAAUAAGUCAGCCAGAAGAUACAGAAAUACUGGGAUUAUGCCAUUUUACAGAGAAACACAUUAAGGUUUUCUAAAUACCAUCUUCUUUUAAUGAUAUGAAGGCUUUUGGGUUUUGUGUGUAAUUUUUUUGAUAAUUCUAUAUGCCUCAGUAAAGAUAAAUAGAUGAUUACUGAUAUCUGAAGGAACAUGCCUGUAAAACGCAUUUUCUAAACUGCAAUAAAAAUUGUUGUUGACUCUUAUGUAUGUAGUUGUUCAACCAUAUAAUGACCAAUGGAUUCCAUAAUAGUUCAUUUGUGUUGGUGUGUAUGAUGUGGUAUAACUGACUGUCACCGUUAUAUGUUAUUUGGACUUUGCCUUCUUCAUCACACAUCUUUACAGUGUAUAUAUAGUGACCUGAUUGCUAGCAUGUACACACUCAAACGAGGAGAGACAGAGACAACCAGUACCUAAGAAAAUUCUUGGGACAUCUAUUCAGACAUGAAGAUCCUUGUUGUUAUUGCUAUUGCUGUUUUUACUGGCUACCAAGCCAGUGUUAUACGACAAGAUGAGGCCAAACCCAGUAUAGAGAUGGUAAAAGACGCAUUCUGGGAUUAUGUGUCCAAGGCAACACUAACAACCGAAGACAUCCUGCAGAAGAUUAAGGAGUUUGAAAUGGGGCAAGAAGUCAACAUUAGAAUCUCUGAGAGUGGAGAUGCCAUCAACCAGUAUGCUGUGGCCGUUAGUGGUCAGGUGACUCCUCUGACUCAGGAACUGCUGGCUAAGAUGUCCCAGGAGGUCGAGCAGCUGAAGGCACGUCUGCAGCAGGACAUAAGCUCUGUGAAGACCCAGCUGGAGCCGUACAUUGAGGAGCUGACGUCAGAUAUCCAGCAGCAGGUGGAACAGUGGAAGAAGGACGUGGCUCCCUAUACAGACAGUCAGCAACCUGAGGCUCUAAAAGCUGCUCUGCUCCAGAAGAAUGAGGAGCUGAAAAUUAAUCUGGAAAAGAGUGUGAGUGAGCUUCAGGACAAGCUGGGACCACAAGCAGAGGAGCUGGAAAAACAUCUGCAGGACUUCCAGAAGAACAUAGCUCUGUUUGUUCAGAACAAUGGGAAGGUGCCCCAGACAUUGGAUCCAUACACCCAAGACCUGAAGACCCAACUCACUGCUCUUUGGGAUUCAUUUACCAAAAACAUUCAGUAAUCAGACUUGAUUUGAUGUUUUCAUAUUUACAAUCUUGCAGUGAAGUAACAGAGAACUCUUAAAUGGUGUAAAGGAUUGACUGCUGAUUCUAUCAACUUUUCCUUUUUUAUUUUUAUCAUUUAUGUUUGUAUUUAAGGACAAUUCAAAAAAUAAUCUGUUUCAGAAGAAAACAAAAAAACAAUAUUCCUAGAGGUAUUCUUGGAAAAAUACUAAUUAAGGGCAAAAGUCUUAAGAAUACAAGACAAACGGUACAAAUAAUCAUAGCCAAUAAUAUUGCACUCAAACUUCAUUCCAUUCUGGAAAAGGACAAAGGUCAUUGGAAAAUUUCUACUUGAAUUAAUCGGUCUCUGUUUGCAAGAGGUUUUUAAUGAACAAUUAAUGCUCCAAACUGCAUUACAGCCACAUAAGGAUAGGUGAAGGGAAUUCUCUUAUAACAUGUACUCUCUUAUAUUAUGAACUGCUAUUAAGACACCUUGGAUACGGGGAAUACUGGGUUAUAGCUUUAAUUACCAUUUAAAAUAUCAAAUAUCAUUUAAUUACCUCUUUGAAUAAGCUGAUCAACUGCCAUCCUUUAUAAUAGUUGACACAUGUAUUUUCUAUACCUUGAAAAGACUUAUUUUUUGUAGUUUGUCUGUGUGUGCUGUGUGAUUUGUCUGAAUCUGUCUAGCACCUGCACAAGUAGAAACCCGCCCCCGCACUGCCGCUUAUCUAUGUGUAUAAAUACUCCUGUUUUGCAUGAAUAAACUGGACGUCUCUGUGAA